UAUUUAAACUAAGCAUUUUGUGUACAUGUGCUGUCACAAAAUGUUAAAGCUUGAUAUGCCCGAUGAUCACCUAGACAAGGCGAUAUGCUGACAUCACAUGCAGACAGUCAUUACAAGAGACCUUGAGAAUCCGCCUCUGGCCGCUCCUCCUUCAUUGACAGCCCGUGUAAUCUCCAACCUGUUGGUUAUUUCUGCUCCUCUCGACGAGCUUAAUCUGUCCAGACUGCAGCGGGCUUUUGGCAGGAGAGUCAGAGCGGGGCAUCUUUUGCGCACUUGUCUCUAGUUUCUGCAAGAGACAAAAAUCGUGCUGGAGUUACAGACCUGAAGAAAUCCCUGUAGAAGCUCACACAGAAAUGGGGCGAAAGGAGGGCGACUAUGAUUGGAAAAAGAGCACGGAUAACAUCCAGGAUGUGUUUGAAUUCAUGGAUGUGCUUGGAACGGGAGCGUUCUCAGAGGUCUUCAUGGUGAAGGAGAGGAAAACAGGGAAGCUUUUUGCUAUGAAGUGUGUGAAGAAGAAAAACAAAAGGGACAUCAACCUGGAGAAUGAAAUCGCUGUGUUGCGGAAGAUCAAACACGACAAUGUGGUUUGCUUGGAGGAUUUCUAUGAAAGUCGGACGCAUUACUACCUGGUCAUGCAGCUAGUUUCAGGCGGUGAGCUGUUUGACCGGAUCCUGGACCGGGGGAUGUUCUCAGAGUUGGAUGCCAGUCAGGUCAUCAAACAGGUGCUGGAGGCAGUCGGCUACCUGCACAAAAACGGCAUAGUACACCGUGAUCUCAAGCCAGAGAAUCUGCUCUACUACAGCCCUGAUGAAAACUCUAAGAUCAUGAUCAGUGAUUUCGGCCUCUCUAAGAUGGAAGACCAUGGCGUCAUGUCCACGGCCUGUGGGACUCCAGGAUAUGUCGCCCCUGAAGUGUUGGCUCAGAAACCCUACAGCAAAGCUGUUGACUGCUGGUCUAUUGGAGUCAUCACCUACAUCCUUCUCUGUGGAUAUCCUCCUUUCUACGAAGAAACCGAGACUCGUCUGUUUUCUAAAAUCAUGAAGGCACAGUAUGAGUUCGACUCGCCCUUCUGGGAUGAAAUCUCUGACUCUGCAAAGGACUUCAUCCGCAACAUGAUGCAGAAGAAUCCUAAGAUGCGGUAUGAUACAGAUCAGGCUCUCAGACACCCUUGGAUUAUAGGAAAGACGGCUCGGAGUCAGGACAUCUACCAUUCCGUCAGUGAGCAGAUCCAGAAAAACUUUGCCAAGUCCAAGUGGAAGCAAGCCUUCAACGCUACAGUGGCUAUUCGUCAGAUGAAGAAGCUGCAGCUGGCCCACUCUCAGACCUGUCUGAAGCAGAUCCCUCCAACUGUGCCUGAGAUCAAGGUCAUCGCGACAUCCACACCUGAAUCCGUGCGCAAGAAGCCGUUCGCCGAGACCCCCGAACAAAACGGCAACGUGCUCGUUAAUCAGAUGAACUUGCCGUCCAGCUCCACAGAGUCAAAAAGUCAGUUCCACCCGGUCCGGGUCAGUCACAGCGAGACCACACAUGUUGGGACCCUCACCAUUGCAGAGAAGGGCAAACAUGUGUAUCACUCGGAGCCAGCUGAUCUAAAUGGGUACGCAAAAAGAAGCUCCAACCGAAACGGGCAGAACCUGCAGACUGGUGUUUGCUCUGUCAUGUGAUUGGCUGCACUGGAACUUUGUGAUUUUGACAGGUCUGUGACCUUUCACCCAGCCACUAGCUGCUUUCUGUGGGCAGGUCCUGCUGCUCUGCUCUGGUCAAGAGUGUUGGCAAGACAGCUGGCCACUGACCCGCACCACUCUGAAAUAAUGAAGUUUAGGGGAGUGCCUCCAUAUCUGCUCACACACAGACACACACACAUGCUCACAGAGCACAAAUACAACUUGUCACACACUCACAAAUGACACAGUAUCCAUGUAAACUCAGAGACCUCACCUCAAACUUUGUAUUUUCCCUUGAGGAAACAGUUUCAUUAUCAAGGACAAUUAAACUCUCUGUAUUAAAACAUUUGGAGCAGGGGUCCGUGUUACUGGACGCUUAUGUAAGGAGUAUUAAUUAUGUGCUAUUGUACAUAUACUUCUGUGAUGCAUGGCUAGUUAGUAAUGUGCAAUAAUGUGUACUGCAGAAAUGUGUGUAAAACACUGUAAGCUUAUCGAUAUUAGAUUGUACAUCGCUGGAAUAAGACACUAACUGAAGUUCCAGCCUUUACUUUAUUAGUUAAAUAGGUUUUUUGGUAAUUUAUUUAGAGUGAAGGUUUAUUUUUCUAAUGCAGAAAUAAUUAUUGUACGUUUAUCCAUUAUAUUUUUUUGUCAUAAUAAAGCAGAUUAAAAUGAUUUAACGCCUUUUCCCACCACCAUUGUGAGACUAGCCCUUGUUUUGUGCACUAUAAUGCAGUACUAUACGUGACACACAUGAACUUUACUGUUAGAAAUACUGUACUCCAACUAAUUAUCUUGUAAGAGAUUAUAAUUAAGUGUCCUCUGAACUACAGAAAGGGUUAAUGUUUGUGUAGACUGCUAUGCUGUCAAUGCUUUGUGCAAUAUUUUUACCAAUAAACACUCAGAUUCAUCA